GUCAAGCUGAAGAAAACAAAACACGAUUAAAAGAGCGGCUCGCGCACUUUUCAGUUCAAAAGGAUAACAAAUCUCAAAUGCAACUUUAUCCAAUUUUCCCCCGAUUUUCUGUCGUGACAAUUUUGAACCCCCUAAAAAUAAUACAGAAUGGUUGAGGGUCCAGGUUGUAAAGUAAAAGGAGAAGUGAUGACCAAGAAAAUCAAAGGAAAAACAAUAGUCAAUGUUCAUCCCGGAAAACCGGAAAAGGUUUGUAAAGAAAAUUCUUCUCGCUUUCAACAAUUUUGUGGGCAUAAAGUGUCGGAAGUUCGCACUUUGGGAAAGGAAUUAUUUAUUUUCUUUGCUCAAAUAUCACUGUGUAUUCGCAUUCAUUUCCUUAUGGAUGGAUCUGUAAGGUAUGGAAACAAUCGAGACAAAAACUUACAGGCAUCAGAACCAACUCUCACUAUUAUCUUCCCGGAUGAGAAGCUCACUGUGUAUAAAAGCUCUGUUGACAUAAGAUGUGCAGAAGAGAGCAAAGAGCAUUGUGAUUCUCUUGCUGAUCUUGAUAUCAAUUAUCCUUUGUUCAAUUUCACUCGCGCUCAACAAAGAAUUGAGCAGCAGCAAUCUGAACUAAUAUGUGAUGUUAUUAUGGACCAAACAGUUCUUCCAGGCGUAGGCAAUAUUAUUAAAAAUGAGGGUCUGUUUAAAAGUGGUAUCAAUCCCACUGUAUGUGUGAGUGAUCUUUCACCAAAACUCAUAACAUGCCUCCUUCAUCGCCUAAGGGACUUUUCACAUGUCUUUUAUUUGUGUCGGAAAAACAACAAGCCUUUAAAAAAUCACCUUUGUAUUUAUGAAAAAUCAAAGUGCUCUCAAUGUGAUAAUCAAGUCACUAUUUGCAAGCCAGGGAAUUUAAAGAGGCUGACCUUUUUUUGUCGUGUAUGUCAGGUCAAUUCAAACCAUAGCACUGUUGUAUCCCUUCCUAAAAAAAAUUCCUUGCUAGGAUUUUUGCAGCUUUCUGGCUCUUCCUCUAUUCCAACUCAAGAUUGGGCUUGCCCCCACUGUACAUUCAUUAACAGCUCACCCUCUCUGUCAUGCAACAUGUGCCUUUCCCCAAAGCCAGAAGACAGAAAGCGCAAGAUGUCAGAGGACCCCUCCGCAGGCGGGGCUGCAACUAAGAUUAUGAAAACCGAAACAGAAUUUAAAAAAGUGCAUUCUGAUGGAGAAAAAAAUUUACCCGCACAAGUUGCUUCUUUGGAAGACUCUAAACUACCAACACCCUUAUGCCAAACCCAUAAAAGAAAGACCUCUGUCAAAACAGUCAGAAAAGCUGGAGAGAACAAAGGACGUCUCUUCUAUAACUGUGGUAUUAGAGAAUGCAAGUUUUUUCAGUGGGCAGAUCUCCACCACCCAUUGUGCAAGCAUGAAAGAAGAACUGUUCUACGGCGAGUCUUGAAACAAAAUGAUAAUAAUGGCAAAGAAUUUUACAGUUGUCCUCUUUCUAAAGCUGAACAGUGUGGAUUCUUUGAAUGGGCUUAGUUGAGUCAUUGAGACAUCACUUUUGUAAUGCUAAUCGAGGUAAAUAUAGAAUUGAGCAAAAGUAGUAAAGAGUAUAAGCAAUUUAAUUUAAAUAAAGAAAGUAAAGCACGA